CAACGCGAGUAUCAUGGACGAACGAAAGAGGAGGGAAAAUCUCGAGACUUACAUUCAAGAUCCACGGAGUGAACUGUACAUUGACGCGCUUUUGGAUGCAAUUCAGUCGCUGGUGUGCGAUUGUGAUUUUCCAGCCCCAAGAGGCAAUAAGAAUUUCGAAAACUUCCUACAAAGAUAUGAGAAACCGAGUGAAGUAAUCGAAGAAUGUCGUUUGAAUGUAAGAGACUUUAAGGUCGUAAAAGUCAUCGGCCGUGGUGCUUUUGGUGAAGUUCAGUUGCAUUCAGCAAAGCUGACAUCUCAUAUGGGAACACUAUGGGGUCCUUUGACUUCAGCCCCAUAUCUUUACCAUAUGAUUCAGAAAUUACUAAAGGGACUGUGA